AUGGCCAAUAGGAAACAGGAAGACAGGUUGGGGGUUUCUGUUCCCGAGUUGAAAAGCGUAGGAGAAGCAUGGAUGAAAUAUUUCAAGGACAUCAGCUCAUAUGUCUCUAAAAUUCGGGCAAUAUUAUCUUUGUAUGUCAGGUCCAUGAGCUCACGUACCGUCAAAGAGUCGGGAAGACCACUCACAACCUUGUUGAGUAUGGAAUCAACUUUCACAAAAUCCGGGUUCAGACCUUGCGAGAGCGACUCAAGAUACUGUCGUAGCUUGUCUCUAUCAAAUGGCGUCUCGGUGCCCUUUUGGGGGUCCCGUAUUAACGCUUUGGAAUCUGCAGUCAUCAGUCGUGUGUCAUAA